AUGAAGCGCAUUCUCAGCUCUCUCAAUAAUAAGCGCCUGAGUCCCACGCGCGACUCUCCCGCCACGGCCUAUGCCGAAGACUCCCCAGAGGCCGUCAUUCUGCGCGAAGUCCAUGGAUCCGAAUUCGUGCGUCUUCCCAGUAUCGUCGAGAGUGCCGAGUCCAGUCCCAAUGCGGCCCGCGAAGCGGCCAAUCUGAUCCGCAAACUCCUCUCCGAACCGAACAAAACCCCGGCGCAUAUGCAGUACAAUGCGAUUAUGCUCAUCCGCAUUCUCGUCGACAACCCAGGUCACACCUUUGCGCGCAAUCUCGACUCCAAGUUUGCCGCGACGGUGAAGGAAUUCCUGCGCCAAAAGCAUGACAGGGACAGCGCUUAUGUGCACAACUUCCUUUGUCAAACGCUGGAUGCCUUGGAUGCUCAACGGGCCUGGGAUGAGGACCUAACGCCGCUGCUGCAAAUGUGGCGCAAAGAGAAAUCCAAACUAUGGCGGACGAACAGUAGCAGCCAUUUUAGGGCGUCGUCGCACUCGUCGCACUCGCGGCCGACAUACCCACCGGCCCAAAGCCAAAGCACGCUUCCACCGCCGGACGAGCUGGCCGCACGGAUCGAAGAAGCGAAGAAUUCGGCUCAACUCCUCAUCCAGUUCGUCCAGAUGACACCUCCGUCGGAACUGUUGGAAAACGAGCUCGUCAAGGAAUUCUCCGAUCGCUGUCGAGCUGCAGCGCGCGCCAUGCAAGCCUACAUCCACUCUACCAACCCGCCUCCCGACGAAGACACCCUCCUUACCUUGAUCGAGGCGAACGACAAAUUGUCCGUCGCUCAAUCCAAGCACCAGCAUUCCAUGUUGCAUGCGCGCAAGGCGCUGGGACAGUCAGGAAGCCAGUCUCCCGCCUCCUCUAAUGACAAUGCAUCGGCAUCCGGUGCUCUGCGGCCGGCCGCAGCACCUCCGCUGCCCCAUCGGGACUCUGGAAGUCCCCCGACGGUGUCAUCGCCGGCCCCUGUCUCGCCGGAGUCCACCCCAGGGCCUGCUCCAACACAGGCUCCCGUGUCUGCUCCUGCCCCUACAGCUACAAAUAGUAGUACAGCGGGCCGAUAUGAGUACCGAUCGGAGGACUUCCAAGUGCAGAACCCCUUCGCAGAUAAUUACGCCACGACGGGGCCUCCUGCAGUACCUCCGAAGUAG